AUGGAGAAUCUUUCUUUUGAUAUAGAUACAGUCAACCCAGAUAAUCAACGACGUAACGCAAAUCAACACUCCUCGAGCGUUCAAAAUGUUGAGGAUUGUCCUAAUUGGAACGAUGAGCCUUAUUUGGAUGAGGUAAACGUGCGAGCCAAUUCAUUUCAGCAUUUGGACGAGGCUUUUUCGCAAACGGAUAGUGCCCCGUUGAGUUAUCCUGAUAUUGGUACCUGUCCUAUUCAAAUACCUUUACAAGAGGUUUCACUAGUGAGAAAUGAUCAACGUAAACCGCAGCAUUAUUUUCCCGUAUCUGAAGCCCACCGUACUCGACCAGCUAUAGAACAACGUGCUCAAGCGGAGAAUCGUGAAGGAGAAGCUAUUAGGAGCAAACGAGAUAGCAACAGCGAUCGAGAUUUUCGUUCAUACGCCAAGCACAAUUUUGAAUACAUUAAAGUUCAUUUACGAGAACUAACUUCUGCCGUCGAAACCCUUACACUGGCGGUCAACCUACGCGACGUGACGGAUAAAAUCGAGGAUACUGCCAACAUUUCGGGUUUUGAGUUCCCGUUGAACGACAUUGAAACUAUGAAAGAGUUGGAAAAUCUCCUUUCCACUGGAGACGUAAAAACUCGAUUGGUUGUCUUGCUUGGACGUGUCGGUGGAGAUGUCGUAAGCAGCACGACGUAUCGUGUCAUGGCCAAGUUAAUGACUAAUAGACUUGGAACUGAAAUAACUUGGACUGGUCGGUCAAAACCCAACGAAUUUAAGCAUAAAAUGUUGGACAUGCCAAGGAUUUUUGCUGCAAUCUGUGACGCAGUUCGUUUUCACCCUCGCCUGAAAGAGGCCACUGAUUAUGAAGUGUACACUUCGGUGAAGGAAUGGCUGCGCCACUCAAUCGACCGAUACAAAGAAGAAAAGUGAUCACACUCCUCACCGUUGGAUAAUGAGCGCUGUGGUGGUGGUUUACAGCGCGUCAAAUUUUCCGUUGC